AUGCGACGACUCGGACAAGUUACGAAAGCAUCUGCUGAUAUCACUGACGCUCGCUUUUCAGAAGCUUUGGGUAAACGUCUCUUGCUACCCACCAGAGCCAGACGCAGAGAUAGUCUGAGAAAAUCUGCUCUUGCAAAGACAAGACUUGAUGAGAGCGAGGUCGAGGACCACGCAACGCCAGUAGGUGAAGAGACUAGUACGACGGAGGACAAUUCAAGAUCAGCACCGGAUGCAGAUAUGACGUCAAAAGACAUUAGCUCAGGAAGCAAGGCAGACGUCGAAAAGAGCGAAGCAGCCCAACAAGAAACCGAUCACAAUCCCGAGAGGAACCAGUCAAUCGAACAAGAACCAACAGUACUUGAGGACUCGAGCGGAGACUCGGCAAUAAACUCUCAAGAAGAGACCAAGCCGCACGGUCCUUCUUUCAAGCUGUUCACGUUCACAAAAUCUGUUGCACCAAAGACCACGACAGUCUAUCCCAGAGCUCGUAGUAGAGCCAGAUUCAAGCCUCCAAAGCCAAUGUUCAAAGAGACAAGGCGUAGGGGUCAGGCUAUGAGUACUAGCUCUGCUGACUACUUUGACAAGGAAGAACUCGAUCGUUAUACACAGCUACCACCAUUGUUGUACCACAUACCUCCUCAGGAGUUGCGAAAUGCAUUGAUGGCAUCGAAAACAAGCCAGGCUGCCUUCUGGAGAUACUCUCUGUACAAAACGGCCAAUGGCGAAAAGCCUCUUCUUCACUAUUGCACCAAGUUCGAACAAGCCGAGCAAGUUGCGAAGUUUUUCUCGGAGGAGCCAAUAAUAGGCUUUGAUGUUGAGUGGGAAAUGGGCAGCACUGUCGCGUCAGGCAGCAUCAAGAACAACGUAUCGUUGAUUCAGAUUGCGUGCGAAAACAGGAUUGCUCUCUUCCAGGUUGCCUUGUUCGCGGGAGAGAGUAAAGAAACUCUCAUGCCUCCAUCCCUUAAAGCCAUUCUCGAGUCUCCGGACAUUUUCAAGACUGGUGUCAACAUUGCAGGAGACUUUACUCGGCUACGCAAAUGCCUGGGGGUUGAGGGACAGGGAAUCUUCGAGUUGAGUCAUCUCUACAAGCUUGUGAAGUUCUCUGAAAACGAGCCAGCAAAGGUGAACAAGAAGCCGUUGGCACUAGCUGAGCAGGUACAAAAUGUCUUGUUUCUCCNNCCCCUCGACAAGGGAAAUGUUCGAACGAGUGCCUGGUCAAGCAGAUUGUCGAUGGAGCAAGUCGCGUACGCCGCUACAGAUGCUUAUGCAGGUUUCAGGCUUUUUCGAGAGCUUGACAAAGCGAGGAGCAUGAUGAACCCCAUGCCGCCGAGACCGGCAUUCUGGGAACUUGAUCAGCCUAUCAUUCUCGGCAAUGGCGAGCGGGCUGGCGAGACACGUCCAAAGCGCAAGACUGUCCCAAAGAAGACUACAGAGGUCGAAAGCCAACCGCCCACUCUUAGUGUAGAAGAAGAGCAAGCUCUCAACGACGAAGAAGAGGAAGCUCAGGCCGAAGCAGGUGCAGACGACAUGGAAGAUGACAAUGCUCAAGACGAACUCGAAAGUUAUGAGGACGAUUCAGCAGCAAUUAUAAAACAUAAAGCUGCCGAACGCUGGCUCGGUGAGUGGGAGAGCAAUUUGCCGCAAGGAAAGAAGGGCAAGAGCACACCGUCGACCAGCAUCCGUGCCUACAGUCUAUGGCACGUUCAAGGUCUCGAGCUCCAACAAGUGGCUGAAGUGAUGAGGGAGCCGCCUCUCGCGCUAGGCACAGUGGCUUCCUAUGUUCUUGAAGUCGUGAAAUCGGAACGCCUUCCCUACGAGUCCGCGAGGUUGCAGGAGGCACUGGAUGUGUUACCCUCGGUAGCACACUGGAGGUACAAGAGCCUGAUACAGAAGACUCGGUCUGAGAUAUGA